CGCCUAGUUGAUUUUGUUUUCUGUUCUUCUAAAACGGAUGUCAAUAGCUUCCGUUUUUUUUGUCAGAAAUUUCGAUAAUGAGCCAUAUUUUCUAGGUAUAUAGAUGCGAGACAUAGAGGCAGAAGUUUCCUCUGUCCAUUCUGCUAUCGAAACAAUGAAUGGCUUUCUCUCUAGAGUCGGUGAAGUCGCAUUGUCUUCGAGUGUUGGUGCUCGUGUGUUGUUUUAUCCAACUCUGCUCUGGAAUGUAGUUAUGGAGGGAGGUUCUCGAAGAUGGUAUGACAGAAUUGACUCUACAGUGAUUAUCGGGGCUUUGCCUUUUAAGAGUCUCACUCAAAAGCUUGUAGAAGAGGAGAAUGUACGGGCAGUUGUAACCCUCAAUGAAGAGUUUGAAACAAAACACUUCUGUAAUACUUCUGAGGAAUGGUCUGAAUGGGGGGUGAAACAGCUUCAGCUUGCCACAGUAGAUUUUGGCAAUGCUCCCUCUUUAGACAAUCUUUCUGAAGGUGUCAAGUUUAUAGAAGAAAUCAGGUCUAAAGGGGACUCUGUAUAUGUGCAUUGUAAAGCAGGGCGUGGCAGGAGCGCAACUCUUGUUGCUUGCUACCUUAUGAAGAAUAUGGCUUUGAACCCAGAGGAAGCUCAUUUGUUUAUAAAGUCAAAGAGACCGCACAUCCGACUUGCAUCUCAGCAGUGGAGUGCUGUACAGCAGUUUCAUGAUUAUCUACAUGAAGACGACAAUAAAUAAACAUAAAUAUGAAUGAAUAUUUAUCAUAUAAUGUUUAUCUCAUACAUUGUAAAUAUACAUUAUUAUAUAUAAUAUAAUAAUAUUAUAUUUUUACGAAAAGAUGUUAUGUCAUAAGCCUGUCUUUCCAUUAAGCAUAAAGUUCAAUUUUAUUACAGUGAAAUUUGUUAUAUCACGACCGCUUAGUAUGAGAAAUCCAUGUCUCCUUGAGGAAAUAGCUCGUACAAAAGUCCAAACCAAACAUGUUACUUUAUUUCUUAUGUCACAUGAUAAACCAUUUUUUUUAAUGCAAAGGACAAAACAAAACAAAAACAAAAAAAUGUGGGGCAUUUACUAUUGAGGUUUAAAUUCUCAGCCCCAUUUUUAUUUGUCAGCGUUUAUUUCUUUCAGUUAACUUCUGCUGGUCUAAAUAAUCAAUGUUUUUUUUUUAUUUCUAGUCAGUUAAUUUUUUUUUGAUUGUGAAUGAAUGUUUUUUACGUCCUUUUGAAAACCUUUAAAACUGGACGUUUAGUUAACCGUUUCUUGGCUUUGUAUUUUCUAAUGACAAGGGAGUAUUUCACUCUUAUAGUUUAUUUUAUUACACCCUACUUGUUUCGUUGUGUUGUUUGUACAUGAUUGUUUACUUCUAUUAUGACUUUAUCAUACUGUAAUUUUAUUUUCAAGGGAGUCACGUCGCAUUGGGACCUGGUCCCUUUCCUUCUGAUCCCUUUCUCCUUAUCCAAUAAAGUUGUAAAACACGCACACAA